AUGGCAGCAAAUACAACAGUUACUUGUGGAACUGAAGUGAUUAAACAAUUGCACGAUUGGUCAAAACAAAAUCUACGUGAAGAAACUAUAUUAUGUUCAAUGGAUGUAAUAGAUCUGUAUACAAUGAUUCCACAAACAGAAGGAAUACUUGCAAUUAGAAAAAUGUUAAAUUACUUAAACAUAAAACAAAUUAAAGGUUUAACAAUUGAAACUAUUAUUCGUUUAUGUCGUUUUGUAAUACACAAUAACUAUUUUUCUUAUAAUGAAAAAUUUUAUUAUCAAGUACGAGGUGGUGCCAUGGGCUCACCAUUGACAUUAACAAUUGCUAAUUGUUAUAUGUUCUUUUUUGAACGUAGCAUUGUUAAACAAGUGAAUAAUAGCAAUGGACUUUACUUACGAUAUAUCGAUGAUAUAUUUAUUACUAUUAACUGGCCGAUACAACAUUUGUUAAAACAAAUUAACCGUUGGAAUCAAUUCGACAUAAAUAUUAAAUUGAAAGAACAAAUUGGCCAAUCAACGAAUUUUCUUGAUUUAUAUAUAGAAAAUAAAAAAGAUAGACUAUUUACAAAAGUUUACCACAAGCCAUCAUAUAAACCAUAUUAUUUACCAUUUACGAGUGUUCAUCCCAACCAUAUGAAAAUGAAUAUACCCUAUACAAUGUUAAUUCGUGCAAUUAAAUAUUGUUCUACAUUUGAAACAUAUGUAGAUGAACGUGAAAAAUUAAGAAUGGCUUUUCUAUUGAAUAAAUAUCCAAAUGAAUUUAUCGAUAAACAAUUCGAUCGCGUAUUCCAAAAACAUAAUUUAAUACAAUCUGUAGCCGCAAACGAUUACAAAAUUAUACGAGAAAAAUUAAUGUAUUCACAAAAAAAUGAAAACAUUCAAAUUGAUUAUAGAAGAACACUAUUUGUUCAUUUUACAUAUUG